GAUAUUGAUCAGCGACAGGACAUGGAUCUGAGACCAGAACUCUCCACGGCCCCGUCAGGAUCCCAGGUCCUCCACCCUGGAGCCGGAGCAUCUGUCAACAUCCCCGUCUCCAUGGCCAGUAGCCUCCUGCGGGGUCCAAUGCUAUAUCGCGCAACGGAGAAGUAUCCUCGCACUCCGAAGUGUGCUCGCUGCAGGAAUCAUGGCGUGGUAUCUGCACUGAAGGGCCAUAAACGCUAUUGCCGCUGGAAGGACUGUAUGUGCGCCAAAUGCACCCUAAUCGCAGAGAGACAGCGCGUAAUGGCCGCACAAGUGGCUCUCCGUCGACAACAAGCUCAGGAGGAGAACGAAGCCCGGGAGCUGCAGCUCCUGUACGGGACAGCAGAAGGGCUAGCUCUGGCGGCCGCCAACGGCAUCAUACCACCUCGUCAGAAUUAUGAGGUGUUCGGUUCAGUCAACAACGAAAGUAACUCCGGUAAGUGGAUUUAUAGAUUAUCCUGCUCAGAGUAGCCUGCUCAUAAACAUGGAUAGGCCUACAUAUUGAUAUUGGCACAAUGUAGGUCAGGUUGUUUUGUGCGUAAAUCCUGUGCGUAAGCGUGUAUUUUCCGGUUUGUUUUUCCUAACUUUGAAGAGUAACGUGAAGGACCCUGAUGGAGAAAUAAUGUUUGAGGUGACGCAUAUUUCAAGAGGAUAAACUGGCAUUUAAUUACCAAACUGUGAAGUGACAGUGACCAUCUUGGUAAAACUAUCAAACGUAGCGUAUUGGACGCCUUUGUUAUUUGACUGACAGCUCAUCGAUUAUUUUUUUAUGUAUCUAUUUCAGAUUCAAGCAUGCAGAAGUAUGAAUUGUUUCCGAAGUCCCAAAUGUCAGUAUCAGUGACCCAGCAGCAGACGGUGGGCAAAUCGGUUUCUACUGACAGCGAACCAGGGAUCUCAUCCCCAGACGGGCGUCAUGGCUCGGGCUCCGAGAAUGGAGACGGAGAGUCGUUCAUUAGCUCUCCUGUCUCCAAGGCACUGAAAGACGGAGAGGACACCCCGGGUUCGAUUAGCCCCCUAGGUUCUGACUCGGGUUCGGAGACCGACCAAGAACCUUCACCCUCCUCGGCCGCCUCCAGGCAAAUGAACCCCAUCGACAUCCUGACCAGAGUGUUCCCCAGCCACAAGCGAAGUGUUCUGGAAUUGGUUCUACAGGGCUGCGGGAAAGACGUGGUGCAGGCCAUCGAGCAAAUUCUCAACAACAGUGGACAAGCCAAGGCCCCGGAGCAGGCGUGGACAGCAGAACGCAUGCUCCAGAGCGCACAGCCGCCCCUUUCCUCCACUCCAAGGCCCAUGUUACCGGGAGCCAUGACGCUGAGCAACCGCUCCGCCUUCUCCCCUCUGCAGCCAAACGCGCCACACUUUGGCGCGGAUCCCAGCACCUACCCCCUGAGCACCCAUCUGGGACUAAACCCCUUGCGGCUGGCCUACUCGGCCCACAGCAGAGGGCUCACCUUCAUGACACCCUACUCCACCACGGGGUUGAUGCCAACUCUGGGCUUCAGGCCACCAAUGGACUACUCAUUCAGUGACCUCAUACGGGACAGGACACUCUUGCACAAAGACCAGGCGUACACCAAUGGCCUGUACGGGCCCCUCGUCAACAACAACCCAGACAAACCGUUAGACUGA